AUGAACACCAUGGACUUCAUGUCCCCGGACCCUUUCAGCCAUGCGGAAGUUCUGUACGACCAGAACUUCGGCGGCAUCGAGAGCAUGCUCCAUGGCACUGAUCUGGAGGUAGAAUGGCCUGCGACUCCAGCCCAAUGCCAGAUCUUGGAGUCGGACGAAAUGCCCUGGUGCAAGAUCAGCCUGAUCUUGCCUCGCCAGUCUGCACCGGACGUGACCCGAAUCCAGUCGAGCUGGAUGCAGAUCUGCUCCCACCGUAAGUUUUCGCGAUCGCAACUUGUGCUUUCAGGCAAAGCCUUCAGAGUUUCUAACAGAAGUAUAGACUGUGGCCUCCGUACGAUCUUCCGCUCGGAUCCCCGCUCGGGGGAGACGUAUCAGCGGGUCGUAUUUCGCACCCCAGAAAUACAGUGGGAUACCAAACAAAUUGGAAGCAAUGUGUCUUCUUCCAAUUCAUCCCUGGCGGAUGUUCCAGCCGACGAUGACUUGGCACAGUUGAUCGUUUGCCGCGACCCCAGCACCGGCAGCUAUCGAUUGACACUGCGUGCGCGACGGGCCGCCGUUGACGGGACCUCCCUCGAGAUCAUAAAACGCAACUUCGUUCUGCUGUAUUGUGGUCUGCCUUUACCAGAACACACUCCGCUGGCAACUUACCAACGGUUCCUGAAAGAAACCAAGGACGCGACCAGCAGCGUUGCAUUUUGGAAGACUCAGCUCAGCGGUGCUGUGCCAUCCGUCGCCCUCCCCUGGGAUACAGGACUGCCUGAUGUCGAUGGGUUGCAAGACCGCCAAGCGAUUCGCCUCCAUCUUGAUGAUAAUUCGCACCCGGGAUUAUCUCAGAUUGAGCAUGCCUCGGGGCUCCCUCGCAAACUCAUUUUUGAAACCCUCUGGGCCUAUGUCUUGCACUGCCAUUCCGGCGCCAGUGAUGUUCUGUUUGCGGCCGUGGAGCGAGAUGCGAGCUUCCCAGACGCCGCUUCAUGCGUAGGAUAUCUCGAUCACACCUAUCCAGUCCGAUUGUCGGUUUCCAGCGAGGAGACAUUUGUUGGCCUGUCCAACCGCCUCACUACCUUCCAUCAGUCGGCGUCCCCACACGCCUAUCUGGGAUACUCCACACUAUCCCAGGAGCUCACAAAGCCAAUUGAGUCGGUUCUCAGAUACUCCCCGGAUCCAAACGGACCCACGCUUGCUGGACAAUUGGCGCCUUUCCCUCUCGCAAUGUUUAUCAAUGGGACUGGGGUUAUCACUCUGACACUUUGUCAUUCGCCAUUGACCGCGACGGCUGACGCCCAAUUGCUCCUGCAGCAUUUCUCCCAUGCACUUUACAGCGCACUCAACAAAUUCUACCUUCCCCACGCUCGUCUCGAGGAAAUUGAACUGAGUUCGCGGGAAGAGAAGCUUGCGCAGGUGCACACGGCCAAGGCAUUAGCCCGUCACCACCAGACCUCAACCAUUACCCGUUUGUUUGAGGAGAAUGUGAUGGUUAGUCCCCAAGCUGCCGCUGUGCAGUUUGAGGAGGACACACCACUCAAUUAUGCUGAGCUCAACGCUUGCGCGAAUCGAAUGGCACGCGCUUUGCCUUCAAUCACGGGCAAGGUUGUCCCAGUGUGUCUCGACCGCUCAGUUGAUCUCAUCGUCACUUUACUGGCCGUUUUGAAGUCAGGUGCAGCAUAUACGGUUCUGGACCCAGAAGGACCAAUCGACAGAAACAGCCGAAUCAUCGAGACUUGCUCUGCGACCAUUGUCCUGACUACUCAUCGCUAUGCGUCCUCGUAUCCAGAGGCCCUGGCCAUUGAGGACUUGACGCUGAACCCCCAUGAUGACGAUUCAUCCGUGAACUUGGAUAUGAAAAUCCGGAGUGAGGACCCUUGCUACGUGGUCUUCACUUCUGGUUCGACCGGUAUGCCAAAGGGUGCAGUUGUUACCCACGGGGCGGCCACCAAUGGUAUGGCAUAUCAUACGCUGAAUGGAAAGCAACGCUGGCUGCUCUUCUAUAAUCCCACCUUCUCUGCCGCCCAGCGAACAAUGCUGUCUACUCUGACCCACGGAGGGACCCUUCUCCUAGCUUCAAAGCAAAGGCUGACGACGCGUCUCGCUGAAAUUAUCCUCAGUAUGCGAGUGGAUGCACUUGGAAUCACGCCAUCGGCAUUGUCUCUCAUGGAGCCAAGCGAUGUGCCCAAUCUGAAGCAAGUCACACUCGUGGGUGAGAGCAUCCCUCGCGAGCUCGUCACCACUUGGGCAGAUCAUGUCGAUCUUCGGAACACAUUUGGCCUGAGCGAAUGUGCUCAGUUGAACUUUGGAAAGCGUCUCUCUCGCAGCAGCAACCCCGGAAUAGUCGGACGUCCCACAGAUACCACACAGGCCUAUGUCUUGAAAUCUGGCACCACAGAGUUGACCCCAAUGGGCGUCGCGGGUGAGCUGUGUCUGGCGGGACCACAGUUAGCAUCCGGAUACCUCACUUCCAGCAGCAGUACUGGAAAGAAGACUGCUCCGGCUUUCGUGGAUAACCCCUUCGGCGUGGGCCGCAUGUACCGCACUGGAGAUGUGGCUAGGAUCCAUGCAGAUGGUUCGAUUGAGAUCCUGGGGCGCAUGGAUUUCCAAGUCAGGCUGAACGGGCAAAAGGUCAACCCAGCAGAGGUUAACAGAGUCCUAUCCCAGCAUGAUUCUGUUCAAAGCUGUGCGACGGUUGCUGUCGAGAUGCGAGACCGACUCGUAUUAGUUGCAGCAAUUGCCCCCGUUCCCGGAAGCCAAUGGAGCAAAUUGGUUCUAUCGAUUCGUGAUCACAGCAAACAGAAGUUGCCAGCAUACAUGGUCCCCUCCCUGUGGAUGCAAAUGUCCAAACUCCCGGCAAAUGGAAACGGAAAAGUUGAUGUUCGCGCCAUUGAGCGUGAAGUACUUGCAGUGGGAUGGGAAGCUCUGGUAGAGGCUGCAGCUUCAAAUGUCCCAACAGAGGCUGUCACCGAUCCAACUGAACAGCAGAUUGCUGGUGUCUGGGCCGAUGUGCUUGGUUUGCCGCAGCACUCCAUCACUCGUGACACUUCAUUCCUUUCACUGGGAGGAACUUCCAUUGAAGGUAUCAAAGUCACUUCGGAUUUGCGCAAACGUGGAAUUGCCAUUGACCUUGGAGAUGUACUCGGCAACGCCACCUUGAAGGAAACAUCAUCCUUCGUCACAAUUGUGCUAAACAACGGUGCUGAACUGCAACCCUUCGCGCUUGUCCAAGACCAAGAAGUGCAACAGCGACUCCAGGCCAACCCCAACAUCAGCGAUGCGUAUCCAGCUACUCCUUUGCAAGAGAGUCUACUUGCUAGUCUAGGCGAGGAUCAGGGGAUGUAUACAUACCAGCGAACUUGGGAUGUCAGCCGUCUUGACAUUCACAAGCUGCGAACGAGCUUCAACACAGUCCUUAAUUCGAGCGAUAUACUGCGCACAUCCUUCCAGCCUGAAGGCCGCAGCCUGCUCCAGGUGGUUAGAAACGACAUUACUUUGCCUUGGGCGGAGUCGGCAGCGGAACUGGAUCAAUAUCUUGCACAAGAUAAACAGAAACCUUUCUCCCUUUCUGGCCCUUUGUUCCGAGUGGCUAUCGUCUCUGGCAAGGUACUCGUUGUUAGCAUGCAUCACUCCCUGUUUGACUAUUGGUCGCACCGGUUUGUGUACCAGGAUGUCGCAGACGUCUAUUUAGGCCUCGCACUCCGCCCGCGACCACAGUUCAAGCACUUUGUGAACCACACCACGACAACAUCUCCAAAUGACCAUGAUCGCUUCUGGAGAAAAUAUCUCACCAAUACGGAAAAAAGUGUUAUCAACACUGCUCCUGUGGUGGAAACCGCCGUGUCUCAACGCAAGAUUCCAGAGGGUCCCCUGCGCCGCUCGCUCCAACUUCAUGGACUUUCACUGGGUGCUGUACUAUACGGAGCGUGGGCGAUUGUUCUUUCAAACCAUGUUCGCCAUGCCGAUGUGAUCUUCGCGACCACUCUCUCCGGUCGGGAUACUCCAGUCCUUGACGUCGACCGUCUCGAUGGUCCCACCUUGACCACAGUGCCUCAGAAAGUGAACGUGGCGCCUGAGGCGACACUUUUACAGCUGGCUCAGACCCUCCAGGCCAAUUUGUUCAAAACUUUGAAACAUUCGCAACAUGGAAUGCGUAACGCACUCUCCGCGGGUAACCUCGCAGCGAGCGACCUUGACACAAUCGUGAACAUCCUCGUGAAGGACCAUGAUGGGGAUCGGGUAAGCCAAGUCUUCCAGCGGUAUGGAGAUCGGCCCACCUGGGAUUCUGAAUUCACUGCUUUGGAGGUUGAGAAUGAUAACGAGGAGCUGCUUAUCAAGCUCUCGUCCAAAAUGGAGUCUCGCCGUGUAGAGUUCCUUCUGGAAUCAUAUGAGAAGGUUCUCCGGGCAUUCACGCAGACCCCAACGCAACACAUUUCAACUUUGGACAUUAUGGGAGAGACGGAGACCGAGUUCCUGUACAACGACAUAUCGAACAGAAACACUCUUCAUGUCCCCUUGCCUUCGCUCCUCCAUGCGAGCUUCGAAGAGCAUGCCCACAAAUUACCCACCACCCUCGCCAUCGACUGGGAUGGAACAACUCAGCUCUCCUACGCGGAGUUGAACGCCCGCGCCGAUCGUGUCUCCCAAUAUCUGAUCAAGAAAGGAGUCCGCGUGGGAGAUGCCGUUCCUCUGAUGCUUGAGAAGUCUGUCGAUACCAUUGUCGCGAUUCUUGGUGUGAUGAAGGCUGGAGCUGCUUACGUGCCUCUCAGCCCGGACAACCCGGUGGACCGGAAUUCAUUCAUAAUCGGCGAUGUCAAGGCACGAUUGAUCCUGACCGAGUCAGAGUACGUCGAGGUGUUUUCCUCUGUCCCUGGUCUCGAAAUCGCUCGGAUCGAUGAUCCGGAAGUUGAUCAGUUCCCUGCAACCCCUGCAAGUGUUUCUGUGGCUCCUCACAACACGGCAUAUAUCAUCUAUACCUCUGGCAGCACGGGUAUGCCAAAGGGUGUGCAAGUGCCUCACCGUGCAGCGGCGGCAGCUGUCAUCAGCAUGGCAAUUGCCGAGAGCAGAUAUUCUGGCGAGUGGAAAACAGUCCAGUUUGCCAAUUACGUCUUCGAUGCUUCGGUGCAAGACAUCUUCAACACGCUCAGCACUGGUGGAACCUUGUGCAUGGCACCUGCUGAUAAGAUGCAGUCGGACUUGCCAGGCGUUAUCAACGCCAUGUCCGCUAGACAGGCUAUUCUCACUCCAACAGUUGCCAAGUUGCUUGAUCCCAGUGAAGUGCCCACCUUCGAAACAUUGAUCGUGGGCGGAGAACCUCUCACACCAGAUGUCAUUGAACGAUGGAGUCCGGGACAUCGCAUUUUGAACGUCUACGGCCCCACUGAGACUUCAAUGGUAAUCACGACCAAAGAAGUCGACCCUAAGGGCCGCCCAAGCAACAUUGGCGCACCCUUCCCAACUGUGAUGGCCUUUGUUCUGCACCCCGACGGUACUACGAUGGUGCCAUAUGGUUCAAUAGGUGAGCUCUGUGUCGCGGGGCCCCAAGUUACCGACGGGUAUGUGAACCGUGAGGACCUGACCAAGGCUGCAUUCAUGGAGGACAUAUUGGGCACCGAUCGAAUGUACCGAACCGGAGAUCUGGCGCGAUGGCUCCCUGGAGGCGAGCUCGAAUGCCUGGGCAGGAAAGACAACCAAGUCAAAAUCCAUGGCCAUCGCAUCGAGUUGACUGAAAUUGAGCAGGCCAUUCUGAAGACCGGCCUCGUUCAGGGAGCAGCUGUCUUGGCUGUCAACCACAAUGGAAAGAAGCAACUUGUCGCUUUCUGCAUCUUUUCUGCAGGCUCGUGUGAGAUCCAAGAAGCAGAUGGUCAUGAGUCCGGUGUUCAAGAAUUGCGAUCGGGACUCAAUACCUUGGCUCACUACAUGAUGCCCAAGUACAUUCUCCCAGUUGGAGACUUCCCAAAGAUGCCCUCUCGCAAAACCGACCGGAAGCUCCUCACGAAGUGGGUUGAGCAGCUGGACACCCUCACCAUCAGUCAGUACUCCUUCGAGGGCAGUGGAAAUCAACACGAGGUUGUUCCUGUGGAGACCGAACAAGAGUCCAAACUUCAAGAUAUGUGGUCUAAGGUCCUUGGCCUUCCGUCUUCUAGUAUUGGAAAGAAGGCCGACUUCCUAUCCCUGGGUGGUGACUCCAUUGCAGCAAUCGGCUUGGCUAGUGCUGCUCGCAGUUCUGGAUACCUCCUCAGCGUCAAGGAUAUACUGAAGAACCCGGUUUUGGAGAGUCUUACGACAAUGAUGCGCCUUGAUACAAGAGAUGCACAGGUAAUGAAGCCCAGCUACACGGCGCCAUUGGAUGUGUUAGACGUGAUUCACGAGCAUGGCUUGACUAUUGGAGACAACGUCGAAUAUGUGUACCCAUCGCCACCGGGACAAGCCCAGUUCCUCGAAGAAGGUAACCGCCCUGAUCAGAUGUGGGUGCUCAUGGCAGUUCGCCAAAUGGCCAAAGGUACUAGUUACUUUGACUGGGUUCAAAACACAAGCCGCUUGACGGAAGUAAAUGACAUUCUCCGCACCUCUUGGCUAAGUACCUCUGAGGCCCAGUGGGUGGGUGUUGUUAUGAAACACACCGACUUGGACGUUCCCAUCAUCCCCUGCGAUAGCGACGAAAAGCAGUCUCAGAUUAUCGAAGAAUUCUGGAACGAUCGCUUCCAGUUUGGAAAGCCUUUCAUCAAAUAUGCUAUCCUUUUGCAUUCCGAUGGUAGCUGGGACGUGGCUAUCAAAAUGAAUCAUGCUGCAUACGAUGGAACAUUGCUUCGCACCUUUGAUGACCAUUUCGCUGCUAUCCGACAUGGUGUGGCGAUUCCCAGUCAUGGCGAAUUCAAAGACUUUGCCAACUUCAUCUUCCAGUCUGAUAAAGACGAAUCACUCCGCUUCUGGGCCGACACAAUGAAAGGCAAACAUUACACCUGGCCACAGGCAGAGAACCCAAAGAUCACCGGCGCGAUUCGGGAUAUCAUGCCCCGGAACCUGGAGCCUGUGGCUCGCGCACAAGGAGUGACCGUCCCGAUUCUCUUCCAGGCCGCUUAUCAGCUGUGGCUCUGUCGUGCCAGUGGUCGGAACGACGUCAGCUUUGACUAUCUCCUCAGUGGGCGCAAUGUGGACAUGGUGGAUGUCGACCCUCAGACCAUCAAUGGCACACUGGCCAACUUUCUCCCGGUCCGUGCACAGAUCGAUCCUCAAACUGCCCUCAGUGACUACCUGGAAACUGUGCAAGAUAUUUUCUGGGGAAUCACCGAGCAUGGUGAUGUUGGGCUGCAUGAGAUCUUCAACGCAGCUGGUCUCUCGAGAACUACUGCUGGAAAUCGUUGCCUGUUUCUCUACCAGCCGUUCGAACCUACUGCCAACAGUGAAGCAUCCGAGUCGGAUCGGUGGCUUGUCAUGGCAAAGUCGAAGGUCCGGAUGUAUCAACCCUAUGCUCUUGUUGUGGAGAUCGCCAAGGCACCCAACAACCAGAACCGACUUACUGUCAUGUAUGACACCGAUGUCUUUAACGAAGAAAAUGCACGCCAGAUUGCCGCAGAAAUCGCUGCCCUGGUCGACCAAAUUGCCGAUGUUUGCGGGCAAAACGUAUCAUUGCAACAAUUUCUUCCUUGA